CUCCCACUUUGUCAGGAAAGAAAGAACCGCUAUGUAGCUAAACUGCUUAUGGAAAGACAAGCAACAUGGUAGCGACUAUCGUUAUUUGUUAAUAUGAUUUACAAUCUCAGUGCGGUAUAGCAUAAAGCCGACGUGAAGAUGAAAGUGAGAUAACUAACGUAUAUCUGUCGUUAUUAUUAGAAAUGGAGAAGCAGCCGCGUCUGUUGUGUUCCGUGCUCUGUGUUCAGCGCAGACCUUAUGAGGUCAUAUUAAAUUGCGCGAUUCUUGCUUGGAAAGAGACACAGACCACCAAAAAACAAGCCGGGCGCGCAAUAUAUGGAGCUGUCAAAGCUGGUAGUCAUUGUGUUCCAGUGUGUGAGAUCAUCGCUGUUCAAGAAAAUGAUGAUGACUGUCCCAGUAAGUACAGUGGGAAAUGGCAGAAGGUUCCUCAGAGUCCAGUGGACUCCCAACAGCACGCUUUCACAGUUACAUAUGUGGAGAGGACGAGGCAGCACUGCUGGCGGUGCAGCGACGUGACUUUUCACUGCCCUGAGCGGGCCCUGUGUUUGCUAUGGGUCGAAACUAUUAAAGAACAGCUAGCAUUGUUAACCAAUCGACCGAAGCACUUGCUGGUGUACAUUAACCCCUAUGGAGGAAAACAACGCGGGAAGCAGAUUUACGACCACAAAGUGGCCCCCAUCUUUUCCCGGGCUUCUAUUUCCACCAACGUGAUUGUUACAGAGCAUGCAAAUCAUGCCAAGGACCACUUGAAGACAGAGGCUGAUCUAAAGAAGUACGACGGUGUGGUGUGUGUCGGGGGAGAUGGCAUGUUCAGUGAGAUCAUGCAUGGCCUCGUGUCUCGUACGCAGUGUGACAAAGGUGUCGAUGAGAACUCCAUGGAGGAGACGCUUGUUCCAUGUGGACUUCGCAUUGGCAUCAUUCCAGCAGGUUCGACUGAUUGUGUAUGCUAUGCCACCGUGGGCUCAAAUGACCCCGUCACCUCAGCACUGCACAUCGUUGUGGGUGAUUCUCAGCCAAUGGACAUUUGUUCGGUGCACAAUAACGACACCUUUCUGCGUUACUCUGUGUCGCUGCUGGGCUAUGGUUUCUACGGAGACGUGCUGACAGACAGCGAAAGAAAGCGCUGGAUGGGGCCAGCCCGCUACGAUAUCUCAGGUAUUAAAACAUUUCUGUCACAUCGCUACUACGAGGGAACUGUGUCAUUUCUACCUGCUGAAGGGAAUUUGGGAACUCCCAGAGAUAAAAUCCAGUGCCGAUCUGGGUGUAGUGUCUGUCGGCAAUCCUCGUCUGACAAACUGGUGAGCAAUGAUGAAGACAAUGUUCCUGAUGCUGAGCGUCAGGGCAAAUGGACAGUAAUUAGAGGGAAGUUUCUGGCCAUCAACGCAGCCAGCAUGAGUUGCGCAUGUCCUCGCAGUCCCAAAGGCCUGUCGCCAUCGGCACACCUCGCAGACGGAACCACUGACCUCAUCCUCGUCAGGAAAUGCUCGCGCCUAGACUUCCUGCGACAUCUUCUGCGACACACCAAUAAAGAUGACCAGUUUGAUCACUCUUUUGUGGAGGUAUACCGGGUGAAACAGUUUCACUUUACACCCCGAUAUGAGGAGUGUGAUUCUGAGAUGGAUCUGAGAGAGAGUGGUGCUGGAGGCAAGCGUUUCCUCAGUCAGAUCUGCAGGGAACACAGAGCCUGCGGCUGCAUGCCAGCCCAGAGUAACUGGAACUGUGAUGGAGAAAUCCUGCCUCACUCUGCCAUUCAAGUCAGGGUCCAUUGUCAGCUGAUUACACUCUUUGCAAGAGGUAUCGAAGAGCAUUCAGUGUUUGAGGAUCCGUACGCUCACUGUGCAAUAUAGAUCGCCGUGACUUCACCCGAGAAACCUCCUGCUGCAUUGUGAAGAAUCGAGGCUCUUAACCGAAAAGUCCUUUUCAGCUGAGCAUAAUGUCACGCUGUUUCUUGUGCUGUUAUACUUAGAUCCUCUAUACAAAGCAUCUUCAGUAAAAGAACUUCCUGCAGAGCUAGAGAGAAUAGCAUCUUUAUGGUGUCUUCAUGCUGGCUGUAAAGCAGUAUUAGAUCUAGAAAUAAUAGGGUUAGCUGAAUUACCUGCAGUAGGCAUUACUAUCGCUCUGCUGGUUAUAUAUCCUGCUGUGCAACAAAUGUCUUCCACCAAUCAAGCUGGUCUUGAGAGUAGGAUUAGUUCAGUCCAAACUAAAAAAAAUCAUUCUUAUAAACAUUCCUUCUGGUAGCACCUUAAUAUUUUUCUUAAUAGGUUGGGGUUCUGGUUUUAGUUUUAUUGAAAAUAUAAAAUUCUCAUUUAUUUACCCUCUUGUUAUUCCAAACCAGUAUGACUGGCUUUGAUUUGCUUGUCACGAUAUUAAAAAUGUUAAUGACGACACAUGUGGUUGGGCUCACUAGCAAACAUUUAAAGUGGAUCAAACCCUAUCAUAAAGUUCUUGUCUUUGAUGGACUUUUUUGAUUCACUUCAAAUGUUGACUAGUGUAGAUAAUAAACCAUAAAAAAAAUAUAAAAUACCUGUUGACUUGUGUGUUCUAUUACAAGUCUUCUGAAACCAUGCAUUAUUAUAUGGAAAAGAGUAGCAUUGACAUUUUUAUAAAUCAUCUCUAUUUGGAUUAAAGGAAAACACCACUGUUUUUCAAUAUUUUACCAAGUUCUUACCUUAAAUUAGACAAGUUAAUACAUAGAUAUCUUUCUUCAAUGUGUACACUUAAUCUUUGUACAGCGCGUUGUGAAUGUGUUAGCAUUUAGCCUAGCCCCAUUCAUUGCUUAGGAUCCAAACAGGGAUCACUUUAAAAGCCACCAAACACUUUCAUGUUUAUUCCUAUUUAAAGACUGUCACAUGACUAGUUACACGAGUAAGUAUGGUGGCACAAAAUAAAACGUGACGAUUUUUUAAGGGGAUAAAAAAUUAGAACUAUAAUGUAUAGCGGAAGAGCACUUAAUUUGCAGCACUUUGACUUUGGGCGCAGUAAUAUUGAUGAAAGUUUGAGCAAGAGGGGGAUUAGUCAGGAGUAAUGAUGUUACUGCACGUCGAGGUCGAAGUGCGGCAAACUAAGUGCUCUUCUUAUUUUGCGCCACCGUACUUACUCGUGUAACUACUCAUGUAACAGUCUUUAAAUAGGAAAAACAUGGAAGUGUUUGGUGGCUUCUAAAUUCAUCCCUGUUUGGAUCCAAAGGAAUCAAUGGGGCUAGGCUAAAUGCUAACACAUUCACGACGUGCUGUACAAAGAUGGGUAUUAAUUCAUCUAAGUUGAGGUGAGAACAUAGUAAAAUAUUGAAAGACGGUGGUGUUUUCCUUUAAGAACAACAUGAGGGUGAUUAAAUGACAGAAUUUCUCUCUUUUUUUUUAAAGGUUGUCAUGAAUCAGCAUCCAUCAUGUAGACACAGUAGCCUACUUUAAUUCUCAUUUACCUAUGAUAAAUAACAGCCGCUGAUUUAUUAUUUUAUGAACAUUUUUUACUAUUAAAGUGCCGCUUUCAAAACAUAUCAAUCUGAUUCAAAAACACACAGACCUAGAGAAACAAUGUAUUUUUACGUGGUCCUGAACAAUUCAAGCAUCUGAAUGUACUGUAGCAUGUAAACCAAAAUACAAUCAAUGGGGGCUAUACAAUGUCAGUUCCGGUUUAAUGUGUCUGUAUAGCUGUUUGAAGUCAUCAGAGCAAAUCUGGAGCAAAUAUUUCCUUGUAAUGACUUUCUGUUUGCCUACAUUGAUGAUGUCUUAUUUCUUUAGAAGGUUCUUAUUGUAUGAAAGAAUAGAAUGAGUGAAAAGCAAAGAGAAAUGGCUUUUUUCGCUUUUUUGCAUGUCAGCUGUUUUAUUAUUCCAUUCCUUAAGUGUUGCCCUAAACGGUGCCAGAUAAUGAAGGCAUGGAUUUCCCAUGAUGCAGAUGCAUCUGUGCUGCAUACACAACUUCUGUAGCCAUAUUGCAUGCAAAGCACUGUUUUAGAGCUCCCAAAACUGACAGAACUUUGGCUUGUUGUUGUUGUGUGAUCUGUAUUUGUGUUAGGUGUACUAUUAGCCUCGUGUCAAAACUUGUGUAGUUUUAAAACUUAUGAAAUCCAUAACAUGCUGUGUAUGCACUGUGACACCAGCUGUCCUACUGAUCCAAAGAUAUAAUAACAACCCAUUUAAAAAACUUACUGUAGCCAUAUGUUUGGUUUGUAUCACCACAGGUUAUCUGGUUAUUGUGCAUGUUUAAGUGGUUUCACCAUGUGUUCAUUUUUGUGCUGGGCGUUCUUCGUAAUGAGUCACUUUAUGCUGGCAGCUUCUUAAAUGAAGAUGCGUUGACUGAAAUCAUCAUCUUAAAAAUCACUCAUCUUGCAGGUUUCAAGAUGUACUUGUUAAUUUGAUUGUAAUGAAAAGAAAGCCCCUGAAUAAAGUCUAUAUUGUGCUUAA